UCUUGUUCUUACGAUGUUGUAGUGGGGGCAAAACUUGCAGCGUUUUUAAGGACAGAAGAAAAUCGUUAUUUUAUUCAUCGCCAAGAACUUCGCCGAUGCUGCGCCUGCUGUUGCGCUCUCAGCCGUGGGCUACGCGAGACUGUGCUCAUUCCUCCUCCGUGCCUGCUGGUGAAACAUCCAGUAUUCCGGUCCCAACCAUUUAAAAACCGAGAACACGCUGUUUGCCCCUGUGUCUGGUCGUCUAGUUGUCUAGUUGGGUUACUGGGCCUGAGUCGCGCAUCCUCUGAUGCUCCCCGGACGGCAGAGGAGGUGAGGAAUUUGCAAAUCGCCGUGCGCCACACUGCGGUGACAGCGGUUUCUUUCAAGAACCUCAGUCCUUGUCAUCUCAUGACUUGUGAUACAGAUCCUCCCACUAAUCACUGUCUAUUUAUACGGCUAGGAAUUUCCAUAGGGGGGCUUAGUUUGAGAGGAAAAGAGAAUUUCGGAGGAGCGUUAAUCAGAGAAGAUUUGGUACUGUUUUCCACAGUACUCAUUUUGGGGGAGCACUGCUUUCGGUCCCAGUUUUCGACACACUUAUGAACAUAAGAAAGACUAUAACGUCUCUGUGAGCAGGAUUCAAACCUGGUGAGUGCAUUACAGACCGGGGUCUCUGGUUCACAGUGCCAACUCUGGCUGCCACAAUGCCACUGCUAGAAGAAAACACUCUGCCCAGGGACCACCCACUGACAGUGCCAGUUGUAAUUAUUGGAAAUGGUCCUUCGGGAAUAUGCCUGUCUUACUUGCUGUCAGGAUACAGACCUUAUCUAGACAGUGGAGCUGUACAUCCAAAUCCUAUUCUCUUCAGGAAACUACAAGAGGCAAAGCAUCUCUCUAUUACUGAUCAGGAUUUAGAGUACCUGAGCGAGGGGCUGGAGGGGAGGUCUUCCAAUCCAGCGGCAGUGUUAUUCGAUACACUCCUGCACCCAAAUGCCGACUUUGGAUACGAGUUCCCCUCCGUGCUGACCUGGCGGCUGGAGCACCAGCAUCACAUCCCUCACCUGGUCUUGGGCAAAGGCACCCCAGGAGGAGCUUGGCAUGCAAUGGAAGGUUCCAUGCUGACUAUCAGUCUGGGUAUUUGGAUGGAACUCCCAGGAGUGAACUACAGAGACCUGACUGCAGGGAAACACAGGAGUGCUGCUAAUGACAGAGCGACCCCGGAAGAGAUUUCCUCCUACUAUAGGAACUACGUCAAGCUGAUGGGCCUCCAGAAGAACUUCGUCGACAACGCCUACGUCACCUCUGUGCUGAGGCUCCACCGAGCGCAGGGGGACGUAAUCGAGAUGGUGGACAGAGGAGACGCAGCUGGUUCCGAACAGGACGUGGAGGAGGGAGACAACGGCCCAGCGUCUUUUCCUCAAGGAAUCUGGGAAGUGAGAGGCUACCAGAGGGUUGGGGAUGAUUCCCACGUGCCUUUCUGCUUGUUUGCCGAGAAUGUGGUGCUCGCCACCGGGGCCUCUGACUCCCCAGCCCGGCUGGCAGUCGAAGGGGAAGAUUUGCCCUUCGUGUUCCACAGCAUAUCAGACCUAGGAGCUGCCAUAAGCAAAGGAAACAUCACGCAGAGCUCGGAUCCCGUGCUGAUCGUCGGGGCGGGACUCAGCGCGGCCGAUGCCAUACUGUGUGCUUACAACAACAACAUCUCGAUACUUCACGUCUUUCGGAAACGGGUGGACGACCCCGGCUUGAUCUUCAAGCAGCUUCCCGAGACGCUCUAUCCCGAGUAUCACAAGGUCUACCGCAUGAUGUGCUCUCACGCUGCAGCCUCCAGCCUAUUCCCAGACUACUCCAGCUUCCCCGAACAUCGCGUCGCCUCGUUCCAACCGGACAUGAAGUGCGUCCUUCAAAGUGCCAACAGUUUUCAAGUCUUCAAGAUCUCCAUGGCCUUGGUGUUGAUAGGCACCCACCCCAAUCUCUUUUUUAUGAAAGACCAAGGACAAUACCUGGCUCUGGACCCCAACAAGCCGAUCUCCUGUAAACAGAACCCAAUCGACAUCCAUCCUUACACGUUCGAGUGCACGAAAGAGAGCAACCUCUUUGCCAUGGGCCCUCUGGUUGGCGAUAAUUUUGUGCGCUUCCUCAAAGGUGGCGCGCUGGGGAUCUCGAGCUGCCUCACGAAAAGACUGAAGAAAAAGGGGAAGCUGAUCACGGACGGGGGAGGAGGUGUUGGAGUGGGAUUAGCCUGCGUGUGAGGAAAGGUAUAGGAUCCAGGCUCUGGCACAGUCCAGUUUUUCACAUUCACAUGUAUUUUUUAGCAUAAAGAGGUAAACAACAACACAAGCCCAUGGGGUCUGAGAUGGUAAACCUUCUAAACCUUUACGAAUUGUUACAUUGCUAAUUGUGGAGUUAAACACAAAGGCAAAUUUAUUUCUAACUUUAUAUUUAAAGUUCAUUAUACUGUACCAUCCAAAUUCUGAACUUGUGUUAUACGAUACAAAAAUGGACCACAAAACAAGACCUGUUGUAAGGUUAUCUCUUAACCAUCAAUUUGAAGAAAACAAAUCUGCAGUCUGUAAAUCAUAUAAAAUGCAUAAUGAAAAGAUUAUUGCAUUAUUAUUACUAGACUUCACAAAGAAAAACAUUAAAUGUGUGAAAAUUCCUUCAGGCUUGGUUCGUGCCAAGAAAUCAGUAAUUUAAUAAAUAAUGUACAUGCAGGGUAAAUGAAUACCUUUGAUUUGAAAUAGAUUUAAUGCAUUAAUUUCAGUUUUCCUACCAGUUUCCCUACUGAUAUUGGGCAGUUAAAAUGGAUGAAGUACUCUUAAAGCCUCUAUGCAAAAUAAAUUUAAAAUGAAUGUAUAUUUAUAUACCAUACAUGAGAUUGAAUUUAAGAUAAUUUUCUUAAAAAUCUUAACAACUUGUGUGUAAAGUUAUUACUUUAUCUGUCUGGUGCCAAAUAGUUGUUCCUAGUUACUAGAACUGAAACAGUUUUUAAAUGAUAUUUUAAGUAGACUUAUCAAAGGCACUUAGCAGGGUCUAGACUAAAUAAGCCUUUUAAAACUGGAAUGUUUGUUCCUGAAAAUAUAGGAACCUUUUGCUUCUUUCUGUGUAAAGGCCUUUUCUUACAGCGCUAGCCUUCUUAAAUGUACUACACCAAGCUUUUAAAGGAAACAUGUUGAAGGUGAGAGUGCAAAAAAACCCCAAAAAACAGGUACUGUAGCUACACCAGGCUGAAUUCAUCAUAUAGAAGCAAAGCUCUGAAAUUAAGUUACAGGUGACAAAAACACAUUAUUCUAUGUAUCUAGCAGAGACAGACACUGCUCCUCACUGGUGCUCUUCCUUAGAUUUCCAUCACAGUUUAUAUCAAUAAAUGUCUUCAAAUUCUACUUUAAUCACAUGUACCAAGUCUGUGGGUUGUAAUAAAGGUGGUGUGAAUAUUUUAAAAAAACAAACAGCUGCUUUGUGCAUGAAAACUGUCAUUUUUGAGUAAUGCUACAACAAGGAAUUUUUGUAUAUAUUUUUUAUUAUGAACAAUAAAAUCUUUUAAAAAUAA